AAGGAUGAGGUUGAGGACUUCCUGGGUGUGGAGGCGGGUGAUGAGAUGGACUGCCUGGUGGAGACAGUGGCCGAGGAUGAGGAUAACGUGCUCAGUGGUAAGUACCUGCAUGGCCUGGGGCAGAAGGCGAGGCUGUCCCUGGUGGAUGUGCUGGAGGCCCCUCGGGGCUUCUGGGGUAGCUUCACCGGCACCGGGGCAGUCACCUUUGAGGAGACGGUGCAGCUGGGUGCCUGGCGCAUGGCUGGCAUUGGCCCUCUUCCCCUGCAUACUGGACCACAACCCCCAGGAGAGACACCCACAACAGAGUCACUCAACAGAGGACCAUCCCACCUCCUACUCCUGCACCAUCACCUCUCUCACCCCCACCAAAGUGUCCUGCACAGCAGCCGGCCUGUCUGCAGGCUCCUACAGACCCAUGGUGACCGUGGCUGGGGCUAGGGCAGUUGUGGGCAACAAGGUGUCCUCCACUACCCUGCCCGUGGCCUCUGCCCUAACACCUCAGUCCGGCAGCAUCAACGGCGGUGCGGUGCUGGUGGGGAAAAGCUCAGGGUUCAUUCCCGGGUACAUGAUGGUGGUGGUUGGUGGUGCUGAGUGCCCCAUGCUGCAGGAGAGUGCCAACACCAUCUCCUGCCGCCUGCCACCUGGCAUUGAGGGGGAGGCAGCGGUGGUGGUCAGUGUGGCCUGCAGUGAGAAUGUGAUGGCUGCCAAAGCAUUCACCUACGCUGCAGCCGUCACCCCCAUGCUUCUCUCCGUCACGCCCUCUACUGAUGUGGUGAGCAGCACCACCCUCACACUGGAUGGCACUGGCUUCACUCUGUCCGGGGGCACCCCUGAGGUCACCGUGGGGGGCAAAAGGUGUGGCCUGGUCUCCCCUGCUUCCCCCACCUCCCUCCAGUGCAUCGUCCCAGCACUUGGAGGAGGGAAACAUGAGGUGGUUGUGAGGGAUGCAGUGUAUGGAGACUCCAACAACUUGUCCAUCUCCCUCAUCUUCUCUCUCACCUCACUCACUCCCUCCUCAGGGAGCUUUGCGGGUGCUAGGAUCAUGCUGGCAGGUCAGGGCUUUGACCCGGAUGGUGGCUCCUUGGUGACCUUGUGUGACCUGCCCUGUGACCUUGUGAGCAGCGACAGCACCACAGCCAUAACCUGUGUGGCACCAGCCCUGCCCCACAGUGAGGCAGAUGUGACAUGUGAUGUGGUGGUGAGCAGCCCGAAUGGUUUGUCUGCCAGUCUGCUGGGUGGCUUCACCUACCAACUGGCUCUCACACUCUCCCUCACUGGCCUGGAGCCCCAGCGAGGCGGCACUGCUGGCGGCACCUCCCUCACCCUCACUGGCACUGGCUUUGGGUUGAGCGGCAAUAAGGUGACCAUUGGUGGGUCAGAGUGCAAGGUGACCCAAGAGGGUCCGACCAGCAUCACCUGCAUCACUGAGGCUCACCAAGGGUCGGGUCAAUUCCAGGUCAAGGUCACUGCCCCUGGGAAAGGCUUGGCAGCAGCUCAGAACAAUAGUGGAAUCUUCUCCUACAUCGACCUCUGGAGUUCACCAUUCACUUGGGGCAGCAAACCGCCACCAUCACAGGGGCAGCUGGUGGUGGUGACUCAGGGCAAGACACUGCUGCUGGACCAGUCAACACCAGUGCUGAAGAUGCUGCUGAUCCAGGGCGGCCACGUGGUGUUUGAUGUGGAGAUUGUGGAGGAGCUGGUGUUGCGGGCAGAGUAUAUUUUGAUCGUUGGUGGUGGCUCUCUCAGUAUUGGGUCGGAGGAUCAGUCUUUCCCUGGUGAGGCCAUCAUUGAACUGCACAGCAACACACACUCCACUGAGCUGCCCUUGUAUGGUGCCAAGGUAUUGGCGGUGCGUGAUGGGACGCUGGACCUUCAUGGCCAUCACGUCCCCAUCACCUGGACCCACCUGGCACACACGGCCUCCCUUGGGGACACCAACCUCACCCUGUCCCUGCCCAUCACCUUGAGGCAGGGUGACCAGGUUGUUAUUGCCACCACAGAGAACAGGUUCUACAUGAAGGAGAACGAGGUGAGGACCAUCGCAUCAGUCUCUGAGGAUGGCCUGGAGGUCACACUGACAGAGGCACUGGAGCACACCCACCUCUCCGUCACCCAGACUCUUGGGGGACACACAGUGGAGACACAUGCAGAGGUGGGACUCCUCACCCACAAUGUCAAGAUCCAGGGAAAUGUUGGCACCGACUUCAGUGUGGCUAUUGAGGGCCUGCUUUUAGGCCUGACCACCCAGUCAUGUUUCAAUGGUCGACAUGGAGACGAGAUUGGCGGUGACCAAUUUGGCGCCACUGUGAUACUGUCUGGAAAGUUCCCUGACCUGGACUUGGUGAUGGGACGCAUUGAGUACGUGGAGGUGACCAAGGCUGGUCAGGCAUUCCAACUUGGGCGGUACCCACUCCACUUCCACCUGGCUGGGGACAUGGGUGGUUCGUACAUCCGCGGGUGCUCCAUCCACCACACCUACAACCGCGCAGUGACAAUGCACGCAACAAACAACCUGCUGGUGGAGCAUAAUGUGGCGUACAACAACAUGGGUCACGCUAUCUUCACAGAGGAUGGGGUGGAGCAGAACAGUGUGGUGCAGUACAACCUUGCAGUCUACACCAGGACCUCCUCUUCCCUUCUUAAUGUGGAUGUGACAUGCUCCUCAUUCUGGGUGGUGAACCCAAACAACAUUUUCCGUCACAAUGCAGCUGCCAGUGGAACACAUUUUGGUUACUGGUACAGGCUGGACCACCAUCCCUCAGGCCCAUCCACCACCAACAUCUACUGCCAGAACACUGAACAGAUGGGACUCUUCUUCAAUAACACUGCACAUUCCAUGGGAAGGUAUGGUCUGUGGGUGUUCUCCAAUCCAGGAUAUCACCCAAAGUCCGACAUCUGUGGAGGCAGGGACGUGGCAUCUUCAAUUCCCUGGUGGUGUGUCACUUGGCCCUCAACUCCAGUGUCUGCACCUCAGGAACCAGUGGUAUUGUGGCGCCCAAGACCCAGAUCUUUAGUAUCUCCAAUGUCACAUUUGUUAACUUUGAUGAGGGUGGAAGUGCUGCGCUGUCUGGCUGUUCUCAGUGCAGGAACUACCAGGGAGGCUACAGGGCCCAGGUUAAGGGUCUGGCCUUUGAGAAUUCACCCAACAAGUGAUGAUGGUGAAUUCCCUGUUAAACUAUCACUAGAAAAGCAAUGGUUCUACAGCAGUAUAGUAAAGAAGACCCAUGAAAACGUGACUAAUCACCUUGAAAAUAAACCUGAUGGCAGAGCAAAGUAUUCAAGAAUACACACAAAGUUGCUCCUUGACACAGACACCAUUCUGUCUCCCACAUCAGAUCAGGUUUCAGUGGGAACACGAGACAAUCUGAAUAGACGCUGAUGGCUCUCUGAUGGGCGAACCGGAGGCGAAUGUUGUUCCCACAAUGGGCAUCUUACCAACUGAUUCCUGCACUCAAGAAGCAGCAUUCUCUGUCACCAAGAAUGUGCCAGGAUCAGUUUGCCGAGGGGCCAUGAAAUUCCUGCGAGUGGCCGUCACCAAUCCGAGCCCUUCCUCACUGCUUGGCAAGGACCUGGUGGUGAGCAACGACUUCGGCGCCACCCACAUCCCUUACCUCAUGCUCC